AGCGUGGGAGGGAUAAAGUCAAUUCGAGGAUCCACCAUCUUGUGAAAGCAUGUUGGGCGUAUCAAUAUAUUGUUUCCUUCCAUUGCAUAUCCCCUCAGGUCAAAGGUCCCAUGAAUAUCUUUCCCUUUGAUACUCAACUUUAUUGUUGACUGCUCAAUUAUUCAUUUCUCGUCAACGUGCUGUGCUGAACCAUCGCCAUGACAGUCAACGUCUUUGCUGUCCCAAUCUUUUUCAUCUGUUUCCGAGAAUGCCUCGAAACAAGCAUUAUCGUCUCCGUCCUGCUAGCAUUCUUGAAGCAGAGUGUCGGCGGCGAAGGUGAUAAAGAAACCUACAAACGCCUUCUCAAACAGGUUUGGAUCGGAGUAGGUCUUGGCCUCGCCAUCUGUCUCUGUAUCGGCGCCGGCAUGAUCGGAGCAUUCUACUCCCUCGGCAAAGAUGUCUUUAGCAAAACAGAAGAUAUCUGGGAAGGAAGCUUUAGUCUUAUUGCGGCGAUCAUUAUCUCCAUUAUGGGCGCUGCUCUUUUGAGAGUUAAUAAACUCCAAGAGAAGUGGCGGGUUAAGUUGAUGCAGGCUCUGGAUAAGAAAGAUGCAAUUGCUACUUCUGGUAUUAUGAGUCGUUUUAAGCUCUGGUCCGAAAAGCACGUCAUGUUUAUUCUACCUUUUAUCACAGUUUUGAGGGAGGGUCUUGAGGCUGUUGUGUAUAUUGGAGGUGUCAGUUUGGGACUUCCAGCUUCUUCGUUUCCUUUGGCUGUCAUUUGCGGACUUGCAGCUGGUUGCGUCGUUGGAUAUAUCAUCUACAGGGGAGGAAACACUACGUCCCUCCAGAUCUUCCUCAUCAUCUCCACCGGCUUCUUGUACCUCGUCGCCGCCGGCCUCUUCAGCAAAGCCGUCUGGGCCUUCGAAAUUCACGCCUGGAACAACAUCAUCGGUGGUGAUGCCGCCGAAGUUGGCUCCGGCCCCGGUUCUUAUGAUAUCCAUAAGAGUGUCUGGCACGUCAACUGCUGCAACGCCGAGUUGAACGGCGGCGGUGGUUGGGGUAUCUUCAACGCUAUUCUCGGAUGGCAGAACUCUGCGACUAUUGGCUCUGUGGUUUCUUAUAACGUCUAUUGGCUUGUCGUUAUCAUCUGCUUCUGUUCUAUGACUUACAUGGAGCGAUACGGAAAUUUGGGUGUGUUUACACCACUUACGACAUGCUUUGGUCUGCGCAAAAAGACUGCUCCCGAGAAGCCUAUUAGCGUUGAUAAUGAGCUUAUGCCUUCUAAUGGGGAUGGCAAGACUGCUAGUCCAGUCUUGAUUCAGUUGUGAGCAACAUUUAAAUGACAGUUAUCAUAUAAUAUUGUUAAAUGAG